ACAAAACUCUUCAUCAACAAAGCUCCCGCUUAAGCGCGACAACCUGCGACGACGAGGUCCCUUUCAGAGCCACCGAUUCCACUCCCAGCCCGACGGACAGGCAGCGCAUAUACAUCCCGCUAUAGUACGAGUACAAAACAUCUGAUUGGCCGACUGCGGUUGCGAUCGAAACAGCAACCAUGUCGACAACGGUGGAGAAGAUCAAAGAGGUCGAGGCCGAAAUGGCCCGUACCCAAAAGAACAAGGCGACGUCGUACCAUCUCGGCCAGCUCAAGGCCAAGCUGGCCAAGCUCAAGCGCGAGCUGCUGACGCCGUCCGGUGGUGGCGGCGGCGGCGGCGCGGGCUUCGACGUGGCAAGGACCGGAGUCGCCAGUGUCGGCUUCAUCGGCUUCCCGUCAGUCGGCAAGAGCACGCUGAUGACCAGGCUGACGGGCCAACAUUCCGAGGCGGCCGCCUACGAGUUCACAACCCUGACCUCGGUACCCGGGCAGGUCGUAUACAACGGCGCUCCGCUUCAAAUCAUCGAUCUCCCCGGAAUUAUCGAGGGUGCAAAGGACGGCCGCGGCCGUGGUCGUCAAGUCAUUGCAGUCGCCAAGACCUGCCAUCUGAUCUUCAUCGUCCUCGACGUCAACAAGCCCCUGACCGACAAGCGCGUGAUCGAGACGGAGCUCGAGGGCUUCGGCAUCCGGAUCAACAAGUCGCCGCCCAACAUCACUGUCAAGAAGAAGGACAAGGGCGGCCUGAACAUCACCAGCACCCAGCCGCUCACCCACAUCGACAACGACGAGAUCAAGGCCGUCAUGUCCGAGUACCGCAUCAACUCGGCCGACAUUGCCAUCCGCUGCGACGCCACGGUCGACGAUCUGAUCGAUGUCAUCGAGGCCAGGAGCCGAAGCUACAUCCCCGUUGUCUAUGUGCUCAACAAGAUUGACGCCAUCAGCAUAGAGGAGCUCGAUCUGCUAUACCGCAUCCCCAACUCGGUGCCCAUCAGCUCGGAGCACGGCUGGAACAUAGACGAGCUCAUGGAGGCCAUGUGGGAGAAGCUGAACCUCGUGCGAGUUUACACAAAGCCCAAGGGGAAACUGCCAGACUACUCACAGCCUGUGGUGCUCCGUUCUUCCAAGUGCACCGUGGAGGACUUUUGUAGCGCGAUUCAUCGCAGCAUCGUCGACCAGUUCAAGACGGCCAUUGUGUACGGAAAAUCCGUCAAGCACCAGCCGCAAAGGGUGGGCCUCAGCCACGAGCUGGCUGACGAAGAUAUCGUAACUAUUGUCAAGCGGUGAUUGCGCAUUUCUGGACCAUACGUUUACACAUAGGCCAUCAUUGGCGGACUAGUACAUCUCAGGAAUGGUACAUGGCUUCUCGGCUCUACAGAAUCACAGCUAGUAGGUACAAGAACACGGCGGGCGGCAGUCAGAGAUGGAAGUGGCUACAGAUACACCGCAGGCCUGUCGCUUCCUGGAAACCGUUCAGCUAGAAAUGGGCAUCUCCCUACCAACUUACUGGCGGUAUAUACCUCGAGCUCGUGAGCCCGCCGACCUCGAGCCACGCUCUGUCUUGCGGGCCUCGGGUCGAGAGCGCUCACUCGCGGGCUGACCAGCUCGGGGGGGUAUAGAGCUUCAUCGAGAUAGAAACAGGAAGAUCCAUAUGUUUCGUUGUGACACCCACGAUUGUGCACCAGUCAUUCUCCCUUCC